GUUCAUCAAAGGAUUUUCAGGGCAAUCGAUUUGCAGCCAAUCAGAGACGAGACUUCUGCUGCAUGCACCCAGGCAUGCAUAGAUCAUGCCUGAGGCAGACAGAGACCACGCAGUUAGCACGCAGGAGGUGAAGAGCACAGCACAUCCAGAGGAGAGGAAGCAGUACUUUGAGAGCUGUUAGCUGCAGUACCAGCAAUUGCAACAUUGGCUACCAGGAAUAAACAGCAGCCAGAGAUCCUCAAGUAAGAUUUAUUGCCAUAUUACAAGUUUUACGUGUGGUAUUGCUAUGCAAACAGUGAAAGGAUAUGUAAAUCAUCAAGAGGUGGCUAAAAUCUGUUUUUCUGCUGACCCUGUCCAGAGUAGUACAUUGCUUUGCUUCCAGGUGGUUGCUCCUGUCUGUAUCUCCAAGCUCGGGGCAUACCGGCCAUCAUCUACUCUAGGGAGUUCUCCCCUGACAGCUGGACACUACAUGAUAGCAGAGGACCAGACCAUCGUCAGUGGCAGUGUCCUGAAUGUUGUCGACGCCCUGAUGCUGAUGUUUGCAGCAUAUUACUGCCUCAACAUCAGUUAUCGCUCAGAACUGGGAGCUACCCUGGAGUUCUUGCAGAGGGAAUCGAUAAGAACCGGAAUCGAUACAUUUCAAACGAUACCCAUCUCUACUGACGACACGACCGUCAUCGGCCUGAUUACCGUCGGCGACGAGACUCCGUACAGAGAGGAGGACGAAAACCUGACAUCUUGGUGCCAGGAUAACAACCUCCAUCUCAACGUCAGCAAAACCAAGGAGCUGAUUGUGGAUUACAGGAAGCAGCAGAGAGAGGGACACGCCCCCAUCGCCAUCAAUGGGACUACUGUGUGGAGAGAUCUGAUGCUCCGCAAUGUCCCCGACAUGGCCACCUUACACUGGGGUUAA